AUGGUUGGCGUUCCUGGAAAAUAUAAGGGUUGCGAAACCUGUCGCCGCCGCCGCGUCACGUGCACCAAUGAACGCCCGUACUGCCGCAAGUGCAUCACCAGUGGCCGGGAAUGCGAGGGCUACGAGCGGGAGAGAGUCUUCAUUACCGGCACGCUAGAAGAUCGCGGCCGCGUAGCCUCGCAUCCGAAGCGAGUCACGCCCACCAAGAAGCAAGGAUCCAAAUCGCCACAGCCCAAGCGGGAGCGGUCCGAAUCUCACUCGCCCAGAUUGAACCAGAUGCUGAACAACUCGGCCUGGGACGACAGCCUUGACCUCUCCAGCGGCGGCAGCAACAUCACCGCUCUCCACACAAGCCUGCACACCAUUGUACGGUCGCCAGGCGCCGCUCUCGACGGGCAGGGCUUUGGCAUCGCGCUUCCCCCGUACUCGCCGGUCGAGCUGCACAAUAACCACAAUGGUCACAUUGCAAGCCAGGAUGUGCCCCUCUGGGUCAGCGCCCAGUGCCUGCUGUGCCACCGGGGAAUCCAGGGCGGCUCGCAGUCUGCCGACAGCUACUGUCUCUUCUUGUUCGAGCAGGCCUCACCGAACGCAAACUGGGGGAUCGCAUCGGAGUCGAUGAUCAAGCGGCUUGGGCCUUCAAACUUUACUUCCUUUCCGAACCAUCAGUUUUUCGUCCGCGUCUACCGCCCAAUCGGCGUCUGCCUCGCAUUGCUGAACCGUCGGGAUACGUUUCUGUCGGAUCCGGAGUGGACGUCGCUGCCGUGGAAGAACCACCGAAAGUCGUCUCUCGAUUCCCUCUUCGACAUUAUGCUGCGGCUGCCACCCGUCUUUGCGCAGACGGACAGCCUGAUCACGCAGACGCCGUCUGUCGAGCGUCGGUACAAGGCCCAGGCGCUUUUCCAGAGCUGCCUGAUGUACGAGCGCCAAUUCGCCGGCUGGCUGAGCCAGUCCAUGGGCAGCACAGAGAGCUUCCAAGCCGUCGAGAAUGCGGCCGCCUUUAGCAACACGUACGAGUUCCACGACGAGCUGACGGCCUUUACGAUGCUCUACUACUGGAUGUCCCAGAUCUUGUUCCACCGCUGCAUGCUCGAUCUGUGCGCCGUCAUCGACCAGCCGGUGCUGGACUCCUACACGGGCGUGUGGCUCACGUUGCCAAACAACCUGCACGUCGACACUGCGCAAUACCACGAUGGUCGCGACCUGGCAAUUAAGAUUUGCCGCGGACUCGACUCGGCGCUCCAGCGCACCUCGCAGCCAGACAUGCUGGUUGCGCCCAUGACCGUCGCCCUCGACUUUUAUCGCGACCUGCAGAUGGCUUCUUCUUCUCAAGAUGGAAGCUUCGAGAGCAUGGCUUCGCAAGAGGGAGUCUUUGAGACGAUUGAGCUCGAGCUCUUCAGGACUCGACUGAUUGCAAAGGGCCAAGGCGUCGCCAACACUCUGCAGGGUCAGAUGUGGGAUGAAAUUGCGCAAUUUUGA